UAUAAAUAAAAUCGACUAUAGUGUGGUCGCGACCGUCGUAGACCACAUAUAAAUUACAUUCUGUUGUGAGUGGAAAAUUUAACUCAAUUCUUUAAAAUGGGUUUUCUACUUUGGAGUGCCAUCGCGUUGGUUUUAUACGCAAUUUACAAAUUCGUAACGCUGAACAAUGAUUACUUUCAAAAGCGAGGGAUCGCCCACAUGAAGCCAACGUUCUUUUUGGGGAAUAUGGGCCCUUUUCUUCUUCGCCUGCAGACGCCCUAUGAGUUUGCAAACACUAUGUACAGAAUGUUUCCGCGACAAAAAAUAAUUGGAAUGUUCGACAUGCGUAAACCGACUUAUUGUCUACGAGAUCCAGAAUUACUGAAACAAUUGGCAGUUAAGGACUUCGAACAUUUCGAGGACCAUCGGUCUUUCGUUGAUGAAACAGUCGAUGCUAUGUUUGGGAACAGUUUAAUUAUGUUGAAAGGGUCCAAAUGGCGAGACAUGAGAGCCACACUGUCGCCUGCGUUUACAGGAAGUAAAAUGAGGCAAAUGUUUGAAUUGGUUGCCGAAUGUGCCGAUGAAAUGUCGGCCACACUCAAGAAGAAAGCGUCAUCGAACGGUGGUGGCAACGUUGACUGUGAAAUGAAGGAAUUGUUUUCUAAGUACACUAAUGACGUAAUCUCAUCAGCGGCAUUCGGUUACAAAGUCAAUUCAUUUGAAGAUCCGAACAAUGACUUUUACUUAGCUGGGAAAAAGUUUAUGGAAUUUAAUACACCGUUGGCUGGUUUGAAAUUCUUGUUAAUGCAAGUGUUGCCGAGGGUUGCAAGACUGUUAGACAUUAAUUUCACCGAUUCCAAAGUAAUGAAUUUUUUCCGUUCGAUGGUUUUGGGAAACAUAGAGACAAGGACGAAAAAAGGACUCUUUCGGCCAGACAUGAUCAAUAUUUUGAUGAACGUUAAACGAGGAAAGUCCAACGACUCGAACACCGUCGAAGAAACCAAUGCUGAAGGCUUUGCUACCGUACAAGAGUCAACAAUCGGGAACAAAGUGGUUAAAAGAGUCUGGACAGACGAUGAACUUGUUGCGCAGUGUUUCAUUUUCUUUUUGGCUGGGUUCGAUACCAGCUCAACGCUAUUGUCGUUCCUCACUCACGAGCUGACCGUCAAUGCUGAUAUUCAACAGAAACUUUACGACGAAGUACAACAAACAUUCGAAAGUUUGAAUGGAGAACGGUUAACGUAUGAUGUGUUGCAAAAGAUGAAGUAUAUGGAUGCAUGCAUAUCCGAAGCUCUGAGAUACUGGCCACCUGCAGCAAUGACAGAUCGUCUUUGCGUCAAAGACUAUAACUAUGACGAUGGACUGGUUGACUUCAAAAUCGAGAAAGGAAAGUUCCUAUUCAUUCCAAUUUACGGUCUGCAUCAUGACGAAAGGUAUUGGAAAAAUCCUGACGUUUUCGAUACGGAAAGAUUCAGCGACGAGAACAAACAUACCAUUAAUACUGGUGCAUACAUUCCGUUCGGACUAGGGCCUAGAAAUUGCAUAGGAUCUCGAUUCGCACUUAUGGAAGCAAAAGCAGUCAUUUUCUAUUUGCUGUUAAACUUUAAGUUUGAACCAAAUGACCAGACGCAGAUUCCGCUUAAACUUAAAAAAGCGCCAUUCCUAAUUUCCGAAAAAGGUGUAAACAUUCAACUCAAACUACGGAAAUAAAUCGAAAAAAAACUUAAUUCC